AUGCUGUUUCAAACACUCUUUGGCAAUCACAAGCAUGGCGGAAAUAUUUCAUCAUUCUUUCAUUCAUCAAAUUCCAUUUCCAAACAGCGUCGUCUAUUGACCAUUGCUUCACUUUCACUCCUUCUCUUAUUGAUUCUCUUUUUCUGUACCUAUAUUCAAUGUCAAACUAAUUCAUAUCAUGUCGAAGAUGCUUCGGUCGCUCAAUACGAAAGUUCUCUACAACAAGGAAGAGGUGGAAGAAGACGUAGACGUCGUCGAUGUCGAGGUCCUAAUUGUCGUCGUCGAAGAAGAAGAAGACGUCGUCGAUGUGUAGGUCCAAAUUGUGUGCGACGUAGAAUUCGAAGAAGAGUUCGAAGACAACGUCGAAGAAGACAACAACAAGAACAGCAACAACAACAACAACCAGGUCAAGGACAAGGUGGAGGAGGUGGUGAUACUGGAGGAGGAGGAGACACUUCAGGAGGCGAUGAUACAAGCGGAGGAGGAGACACUGGAGGAGGAAGUGAUUCAGGAGGAGGUGGUGAUCAAGGAGGCGGAAGUAGUGAUAGUAGUGGAGGAGGAGAUUCUUCUGGUGGUCAAAGUGGAGGAGGGGAUACUUCAGGAGGAGACACUUCAGGAGGCGAUGAUACAAGUGGUGGAUCUGAUGAUGGUGGCGAUGAUAGCACUACUGAUGGUAGUACAGAUGGACAAAGUGGUUCUUCGGAUGGACAAGGAGAUGGACAAGGUGGUUCCACAGAUGGACAAGGAGGUGGACAAGGUUCUGGACAAGGACAAGGUACUGGACAAGGUUCUGGAGGACAGCAAGGAGGUGACACCUGGCGUCCACCUUAUCCAGGCUGGAGAUGGAGAGAUCCAUAUGGAAAUCCAUGGUUCGGAGGAGGAAGAUUUGGAGGAAUGCCAUAUGGAAAUCCAUGGCCAGGAGCAGGAGGAGGUCGUUUCGGAGGAGCUGGUCGAUGGGGAGGUGGUGGCCGUGGAGGACGAUCUAAGAAAUCAGCAGCAGUAUUUGAAAGUGAAUGGUAUCGUCCUAAUCCUGAUGAUUAUGAUGAUUCUUAUGGUAAACAAAGAAGAAGAAGAAGACGUAGACGUCCAAAUCCCUAUUGGCGAUAUCGCAAUCGAUAUGGAUAUUCAAAACCAGUGAGAUAUGAAAGGUAUUGA